GCCCCGUCUGGGCCCAAUAUCCGGCGGCUGCGGGGUCCAUGAGGCCAGUGAGAGUCAUGAAGGUGUUCGUCACGCGCAGGAUUCCCCCCGAGGGCAGCGCCGCGCUCUCCCGGGCCGCAGACUGUGAGGUGGAGCAGUGGGAUUCUGAUGAGCCCAUCCCCAGAGAGGACCUGGAACAGGGAGUGGCCGGGGCCCAUGGCCUGCUCUGCCUCCUCUCGGACCGCAUAGACAAGAAGCUGCUGGACGCUGCAGGAGCUAAUCUCAAAGUCAUUAGCACAAUGUCUGUGGGUGUCGACCACUUGGCUUUGGAUGAAAUCAAGAAGCGUGGGAUCCGUGUGGGCUACACUCCGGGUGUCCUGACCGACGCCACGGCCGAGCUCGCCGUCUCCCUGCUGCUUACCACUUGUCGCCGGCUGCCAGAGGCCAUCGAGGAGGUGAAGAACGGCGGCUGGACCUCAUGGAAACCCCUGUGGAUGUGUGGCCACGGCCUCUCACAGAGCACCGUCGGCAUCGUUGGCCUGGGGCGCAUAGGUCAGGCCAUAGCUCGGCGUCUGAAGCCAUUCGGUGUCCAGAGAUUUCUCUACACAGGGCGCCAGCCCAGGCCUCAGGAAGCAGCGGAAUUCCAGGCAGAGUUUGUGUCCGCCCCCGAGCUGGCCGCCGCGUCUGAUUUCGUCGUCGUGGCCUGCUCCUUAACGCUGGCCACCAGGGGGCUCUGCAACAAGAACUUCUUCCAGUGCAUGAAGAAAACGGCCGUGUUCAUCAACAUCAGCAGGAGGACAGUAAGCGCCCCAGAGCACGUCCCAGCUAGAGCAGGGCCUGGUCUGGCUCCCAGCAGUACCUUGACCUUGCUCAGGAAGUGAAGGCACCAUAGCAGCAAAUCAGGUAACUUUGUUCCUCAAACCCCGAACGGUUGGACUUGACAGACUUUAUAGCCUGUUAGAGGCCAGCCUUCAUGGCCCUGGGCCUGAGUUUGUCAGUGAGUCAGUGAGCUUGGACUCACACACUUCUGGAAAGACAGACCCAAACCCCAGGUUGUCUUGGGUCCUCAAAAUGUGCGCAGGGUGCCUCUAGUCCACUGUGUGUGUUAACGGGGGCAGACCUCCCCUCUCAGCCACUCCAGUCCCUUCCUAGAUAUUAACAGUGCCUCAGGACACCCACCGUCAUCCCCAGGGGAGAAGUGGUAGACCAGGACGACCUCUACCAGGCCCUGGCCAGUGGCCAGAUCGCAGCUGCUGGACUGGAUGUGACGACCCCGGAACCACUG